UUCGAUUUAGGGAAUACUGUUCAGCUAACAUUGGAAACAGCUAUGGACUGGUCAUGGUCUGCAUUGAUGCUCUACCUGCUACCACUCCUGCUGGUUGUAUACAUUUUGAAAAAUGUUAAGUUAUGGACCUCUGAUACUCCUGUUGGAACUUUUCCUCCUGGACCCUGGCCAUUGCCAGUGAUUGGAAAUCUGCACAUGAUAAAUCUCAAAAGACCUACUGAAACUCUCAUGAAGCUUUCGAAAAAAUAUGGCCCCAUAUACAGCAUUAAAAUGGGCAGUGUGAAAAUGGUGGUGCUGUCUGGCUACGAGACCGUGAAAAGUGCUCUUGUGGACUAUGCCGACGAAUUCUCAGAAAGACCUCAUAUCCCAAUAUUUGAAGAAAUUAACGAUGGAUACGGCAUCCCAUUCACUCACGGAGAAAACUGGAAAGCAAUGAGAAGAUUCACAUUGACUACAUUAAGGGAUUUUGGCAUGGGCAAGAGGACAAUAGAAGACCGCAUCAUUGAGGAAUGUGUAUUUCUAGUUAAGCUAUUGGAAUCUCAGGAAGGAAAACCUACUGAUCUCACUUUAAAAACAAACUUUGCUGUUGGGAAUAUAAUCAUAUCCAUUAUCCUUGGUCAUCGAUUAGACUACCAAGAUCCCAUUCUGCGAAAAAUAAUGAAAAUUAUAGAUGAAAAUAUGAGACUUCUUGGGAGCCCUUCAGUUGUGAUGUAUAAUGUAUUACCAUUCUUACAAUAUCUGCCCGGUUCCCACCUGAAAGUAAAACGGAACAUUGCGGAGUUACAUGCCUUCUUCAAUGAGAAGUUUGCAGAACAUCUAAAAACCCUGGACAAAGAUGACCUGCGUGGCUAUAUAGAUGCAUUUCUCACAAAACAGGAGGAGGAAAAAUCUGAUCCCAACAGUUAUUUUCAUCAUGGUAAUCUUCGGGGUGUCUUAGUAACGUUAUUCAUGGCUGGAACAGAUACUACGUCUUCUACUAUACGAUGGGCCAUCUCAUUUAUGGUACAGAACCCUGAAGUUCAGAAACGAGUACAUGAUGAAAUUGAUACAGUGAUUGGAACAGCCGUGCCACGGAUUGACCAUCGUAAGGAUAUGCCCUACACCAAUGCCGUGAUUUAUGAGACUCAGAGAGCUGCUAAUAUUGUACCAAUGAAUCUUCCUCGAGAAACUACAACAGAUGUUGUUUUUCAAGGCUACCAUCUACCAAAAGGCACAUACGUUAUUCCGCUUCUGGAAUCAGUUUUAUAUGAUAGAACACAGUUUGAGAAACCACAGUCCUUCUUCCCUGAACAUUUCCUUGAUUCAGAAGGACAGUUUGUCAAGAAUCCUGCUUUCAUGCCAUUUUCAGCAGGAAGAAGGGCUUGUGCUGGAGAAACACUGGCAAAAAUGGAGUUGUUCCUGUUCUUCACUAGCCUUAUGCAAAAAUUUACUUUUCAUUCUUCUUCAGAGAUGACCGACUUCCAAGUGAAACCACAAGUAGGAUUUACAAUUUCUCCUGUAGCUCAGAAAAUCUGUUGUGUGCCACGGAUUUGAGCAAAAGUAGCCACUUCAAGACAUUUGGCUUUACAAAGUGGAGAAAUGGUACUCACAUAAUGGUAUCAAACCUAUCACAUCUGAAAUCUAAAAUAUAGAUAAUUGCUAAGAAUUUCUUAUGUUAAAUGAAAGUUUAUAUAGCAGCGUUUUAUUAUGAAAUAGCAGACCAAUCUACAUAGAGAGAAUUGACUUGAUUCAUUGGGUAAGAUGUGGCCAGCUUUAGCCCUCACCCCACUAUUCAAGUAUUGGUGAAGGGAAAUGUACCUCCAAAUUUGAUGAUGAUUUUUUUUUCUACAACUUUAUCAGCCAUGGAGAUCUCAAAACAACCAUCCAUUUGUAUCCUUAUAGGCCAAGCUAUUAAUUUUGAGAGGUAAUUAGUAUGUAAAAUUGUCAGAUUUCCAAAUUAGAGAAGUAGCAAUAUUUUGUUUACAGAGAUGAGCAAAUUACCGUAUUUAUCGGCGUAUAACACGCACAGGCGUAUAACACGCACCUUCAUUUUAAGAGGGAAAUUUCAGGAAAAAAAUUUAAAUUUCAAAUAAAGAACUUUGAAGCAAA